AAAAAAAUGCUAUCUUGGACUUCAGAUUUGGUGCUACAUAAAAAUCUUCUGCUUGCCCUCCCUCUAGGUGUACACCCAGGAACACUUCAAGAGGAAAGUCAGCCACGGCAUGUUUCACCUGCAAGUUUUGAAGACAGCAGUUUGAAGAAAAGCAAUUGGGGGUUCUUAAUUACCGGGAUGGUGGGUGGGACUCUGGUGGCUGUGUAUGCUGUGGCCACACCGUUUGUAACACCAGCCCUCCGAAAAGUCUGUUUGCCUUUUGUACCCGCAACUACAAAGCAGAUUGAAAAUGUCGUGAAAAUGCUGCGAUGUAGAAGAGGAUCCCUGGUAGACAUUGGCAGUGGCGAUGGACGGAUUGUCAUAGCAGCUGCAAAGGAAGGAUUCACGGCUGUUGGUUAUGAAUUAAACCCAUGGCUGGUUUGGUAUUCCAGGUACCGUGCUUGGCGAGAAGGUGUGCAUGGCUCUGCCAAGUUUUAUAUUUCGGAUUUGUGGAAGGUGACUUUUUCGCCGUACUCAAAUGUAGUCAUUUUUGGUGUGCCGCAGAUGAUGCAGCUGUUGGAGAAGAAACUCGAACUUGAACUUGAGGAUGAUGCGAGAGUCAUUGCUUGCCGCUUCCCUUUCCCACACUGGACCCCAGACCACAUCACUGGGGAGGGGAUAGACACUGUGUGGGCAUAUGAUGCGAGGACUUUUAGAGGAGGUGAAAAGAGGUCCUGAAGGUCAGCAUACUUGAGUUGGUCGUUCAGAUGUACGCUUUGCUGAGAGUGCCUUUCUCAGAGGGUGGUGGUCAGCUCUGAGUCUGUGGAGACUUACAGCAGCUGUGUCUUUAGCAACAAAGCAUUUUUUUUUUUUUGGUAUAGAAUGAGAAAUUAUUUCUUUCCUUAACUUUUGGAGAAAACAAACAGAAGUUAGAAGAUAGGGAGGAAGGAUGCACCAUCCUUCUUGGGUAGGCGAGGUGCCUGCCGCUCUUCACAGUAGAGAGCACGCUUCAUGCCACCAAGGAGGAGGAGUGAUUUUUAGAGAGUAAUGUCUUAGCAAAUGCUUGUCGUUUCCUAGAGCUUUAAUCCUAUGUAAGUUUUCUUUCUUUUUUGUACUU